AUGGCCAGUUUAGGUGGCAGUGGAGAGGUGUCUGGCAUAGAGAAAGGGAUUUUGGAUACUAGGAGGAGAUGGGGCUCUGUGUUAGGGUUCUUUGGAAGGGAGGGCUGGAAGAUGGUCUCAUUCAUGAAGACUGGGGAGGAUGCGAAGGUUCAUGUAGGGAUGGGUGCUGAAGGUGGUAUCCAGAACUUGAAAGUAUUGGAAGAUACUUGUGAGCCUCAGAAAAGGCCCUACAAAAUGUUCUCAUUCCGAUGGUGUGAUGCAAUGAUGGUAAUUUCGGUGACAUAUCUGAGAUCAAGCUUCCAAGCACGAUCUCAGCUUCCAGUACCAGAGGCAGCAGAUGCGAGCCCAGGGUUACUAUAUGACUGGCCUUCAACAGACAUCACCACAUCCACCCCUGCUUCUUCCAAACACUUCUGA